UUCCUGGGCUUAUCGAGACGGGAAGGAGAAGCCUGGUGGUGCUGGCCCCAGCCGUUGUAAGUGAGUAGACGACAAUUUCUAUACGGGUGUACACAAAACAGCUGUGGCAACUGUGGCGACCAGCACCGGGCAUCUCUCCUGCUGCUGCUGUCUGCAUGUGUCGUAACGUCAUUUGACAAACAACCGCAUCUCUCUCUCUCUAUCGUCUCUGUGCUGAAACAACAAUCACCCAAAAUGUUGUCCGAUUACGAGCCAGACUUUUUUUUCGAAGAGGACAAGAUGUAAGUUGAUUCGUUCCCUUUUGUAGCUAUAGCUCAAUCCAUUCCGCAUUCAUUUUUAUUUUUGUUCGGUGCGUUCACGUUUUCCGGUUUUUUUUCCCGUUUGAUUGCGUGUGUGACGUCGUCGCAUGAAAAGAACUCGUUAACCGACUGGUCGAUUCGACUCGAGUUCUCCCAAAAACCCCAAAUGUUUACCAUCGAUUUCAGUUACUACAAGUGUCACUUGACAACACUUUUGGUCGUGUAAUUAUUUUGGCUGCGGGCAGAAUAAUAGUCAAGAGUGUUGAGAGAAAAGAAAAAAAUAAUAAUAACUCGGUGGUGUUGUUGUGUGCUGCCCUUUUGUUCAGUUCAGUUCAGUUCAUUCUUCAUCGCUCUGUGUUGUAUUUUCAUUUUUGGCCGUUGGAUUUCCGUUGAGUCAAUUUGGCUGCGCGCGCGCACAUCAGCGAAAAGAGCAAAAUGUGGCCGUAUUACGCCGCCCAGUUGCCCAUGAAAGAAGAUUCCAUGGGAAUGACGAUUACGACGGGUUCCAUCGUUCUGGAAAAGGACGGAUCAAAUUUGAUUGGAAUCAGCAUCGGAGGAGGUGCACCUUAUUGCCCUUGCCUCUACAUUGUCCAGAUAUUUGACAACACUGCAGCCGCGAAAGACGGUACACUUCAAAGUGGCGACGAAAUAAUUGGAGUGGACAACGUCUCGGUCAAAGGCAAAACCAAAUCCGAAGUGGCUAAAAUGAUUCAAGCCGCCCAAAGUUCAGUCACGAUCCGGUACAACAAACUUCACGCAGAGCCCGCCCAGGGCAAGACGUUGGAUUUGAUCCUGAAGAAAGUCAAGCACCGCUUCGUCGAAAACAUGUCCAGCUCGACGGCCGACGCUCUGGGACUUUCGAGGGCUAUCUUGUGCAACGACAGCUUGUUGAAGCGUCUAGAAGAUCUCAAGCGUUGCGAGGGAAUGUACCGAGGCUUAGUCGAGCACACCAGGCGACUCCUACGCUCCUACUACGACCUCUCCCAAACUUACAAAGACUUUGGCAACAUCUUUUCAACCAUCGGCGUUCGCGAGUUGCAGCCUCGAGCCAGCGAAGUUUUCACAAAGUUUGGCGAGAUCCAUCGGCAAAUGGAACGCUACGGCGUCCAAAUGAUUAAACAACUCAAGCCGGUGCUGGCGGAUUUAGGGACUUUUCUCCACAAAGCCAUCCCAGAUACGCGGAUGACCAUCGGUCGCUAUGCUGACGCAAAGUUUGAAUAUCUCUCCUAUUGUUUGAAGGUCAAAGAAAUGGACGACGAAGAGCAGAGCUACCACACGCUACAAGAGCCUUCCUACAGGAUUGAAACGGGAAAUUACGAAUACCGAUUGGUUCUUCGAUGCCGCCAAGACGCCAGGGCGCGAUUUGCCGCUCUACGGUCCGACGUUCAGGUCAAAAUCGAGUUACUUGACAACAAGCACGUACAGGAUGUCGUGCAGCAGCUCCAGAGGCUUUUGAGUCAUUUGACAACCUUUUACGACCAGUGCCAUCAGCUGCUGGACGGGCAGCGUUUCUUCCCGAUCGAAGUAGACCUAGCCAAAGGUGCAUUCACUUACGAAUCUGUCGGCGGCCAAUUUCAGUCGCAGGAUGACGAUGAACCGGAAGAAUACAACGUCGCAGAGGAAGCUAAGGAAAUGGCAGAGAACAGCGGAGAAGUCCAAUCACUCAUAUCAAUGGAUUAAACAAAGAAUAUGUGCAUGCAUGAAUGAUAUUUACCGUUAACGUACACAAGAAAACCCAAUGGAGUAUGCCGAAGGGGUCAACAUUAUAUUUCUAAAAAACAUUUAGAUUUUUGCUUAACUGAUCUUAAAUAUGAUUUCAUCAUAUAAUGCGGGAUAUGUAUAAUAUAUAACCAUAAUUGUGGUCACGCCGUUUAUUAGCGGUCGGUUAUGGACAUUUCUUGAAAUAAUAAAAGACUAAGGA